CUUCGAACGAAAGGCCCCCCACCAGCCCGAGAUCAGUUCCAGGCUUCCAUUCCAGUCCAGCCCAGUCCAAGCCAAGCCAAGCCAACGACCCAAACCCUGCUGCGGCUGCACUGUACUUCCACCUGCGAAGAUAAACCAGCCGAGCUUAUCUUCCCCCCUCCCCGCCCUAGUUGAACACUCACUGCACUGCGCCCACUGCAUCAAGUAAAAAUCCUCAGUAAGGUCAUGUACGAUUGCCAGUAUGGUCUAGUCUUGAUCUGUCAUAAUCCCAUCUCUGCCGGAUCGAUCCAUUCAUUCCGCGAGUCUCAUUUGCUAAAGCGCCUCAGAUCAUUCCCAACCUUCGCACGCAAAUCUGCAAGCGUCCCAGAAUUCCAUCAAAACCAAUCUUGAUAAACAAUGGCGUCUUUCCACGGACGCUGAACAGACCAAUGCAGCAAGCACUGGAACAAUUCCGCGUCCGGAUGGCCACGGCAAACCGGAGAUUCAUCCAGGAUCGCGUGGAUGAAAUCGAAGCCCGGGGCCUGGCCCGCGAAGAAGUGAAAUGGCAGAAGAUGGUCGAGUACCGACCCAUUUACCUACCGAACGAGAGGGAGAACGGGUUUCCGCCGCGGUUGGUGGAUCUUCCCGCGGCAAUGGACAUGGACAUGGGCCAGGUGUUCCCAUUUCCCCUGGACGGGGUGCACCCGCCGCGACUGCGGACCCACGAAGCCCGCGAGCAGUUCCUGGAUAUGCUCCAGCAAGUCUUCCAGCAGCAGGCGGAGGAAUGGGCGGCGGAGCGAGGCCAGGAGGCCCCUGGGCUGGUUCCCCGCUGCGACGAGCUGGGCGUGUUCCUGCAGUACGCCUACGCGGUCGAGGACCCGGAUUUCCGCCUCUCCGCCAUCCCGCCCUUUGAGCCGGGGCCGAUGCUCUUAUCAGAGGAACAGGCUGCGUUGGCGGAGACGCAGCCCGAGCGGUACCGUGCGCUGGUCCGGAAAGAGUGCGCGCAGGUGCGGGAGUACCUGGAAUCCGACGGGAUUGGCGAUCUCAUCCAUAAAUCGAUGGCUGGCCCGUCGGUCGAGUCCGAUGAUCUGGAGGUCAAGGCUGGUGUGAUUACGGGCACUGGCUAUAUCGGUGAAUACCCUCACUGGUAUAGUGCCUAUCUCUACUGCCGGCAGCGGGAUGAUGCCGUGCGGGAUGAUGCUAUUCCCGAUGCCCCCAAUAUCCGGAAUUGGGCGUGGCGGGUCGUUGUCCUUGACGACAAGGGGGAUUUCCCGGCGCCGACUGUGAUUUACGGGCGCAGGCCGCGCUUCGACUCCAUUCCGGAGUUUUUGGAUUGGUACUGUAGCUGGCCGGACUAUUUGGAUGCCCGCCGCAUACGGAGUCUUCGGCGUCGCGCUGUUACGUGUGAAACUGAUUGCGAGUCGGACUGUGACUUGCACCUCACUUGAUGGGCCGAGUUUUGUUGUUCUCUGGCGGCCGGAGAGUAGCUAUGUAUCUGGUUGACAGGGGAAUUAUCUUCCGAGCGUUGUAGUUAGCUCAUAUGUACCAACCUCAACACUUUACCUUGGAAGUUGCCCCGCGUACGGGUGACUUGGAUUUUAUCAAGGCUUGGGUUAUCCAUACAGGGUAGGGGAACUUUGAAAUAACCUCUUC